CAGGAGAGGGCGCUGGCGGCGAUCUGCGGCUCUCAGCGCUGAUGAAGAAAGGGCUCUUCCGUUGGUUCGUCCUGUCACAGACAACACUGCAGCGAGACAGUCAAGAUGGCAGGCCGUCGUGUAGCCCUGAAGGCCAUUGACUGGGUGUCAUUUGCCGAGCGGAUUCCACCCAACCAGCGCGGCAUGUUCAAUGCACUGAAGACUCGCAGUGAUGCCAUCUCUGCCAAGCUAGCCUCCCUGCCAGAGAAACCUGUGGCCAUUGACUGGAAUUACUACAGGAGUGCAGUGGCAAAACCCGGGAUGGUUGAUGAGUUUGAGAAGAAGUUUAAAGCACUGCAGAUUCCUGAGCCCACUGACACACAGACAAGCGCCAUCAAUGCACAGGAGGCUGAGUCUAACAAAAGUGCACAAACCUACUUUGAAGCAUCAAAGGCCCGCAUUACCCAGUAUGAAGAAGAGCUGGCUAAAUUUAAGAACAUGAUCCCCUUCGAUCAGAUGACCAUCGAGGACCUCAACAGCGUCUUCCCUGUGACAAAGUUGGACAAGGUCAAAUACCCUUAUUGGCCCCACAAGCCCAUUGCAGAAUUGUAAUCUCAUUACUGGACACUGACCUCACAAUAAAGAUGAUCUAUUCUAAGGGAGAA